AUGUGGGAAGACAUUAUAGAAUAUUUGAAAGAUCCAUUAUUGGUAAUAAAAGUGCAGAACUUUUUCGGUGUUAUUUACAAAAAUAUAUCUACCGAAGACUCUAGUGAAGUUGUAUACUCGGAGAGGUUAGAGAAGAAGACUGAGGAAUUUGAUAUUAAACAACACAAAAGGAUACCCAGUAAUUUAUCAAGUAGUUCACAGUCCUCAUAUGACACAGAUACAUCUGGAGAAAGUACUGGGAAAGAUGAAGUUGUGUGCCACAUUAGCAAUAAGUUCUGGUAUUGGUUGUUUGUUCUGGGCACUGCUCUUGGUGAUGAAAUAUUUUACGCUACAUUCAUACCCUUUUGGUUCUGGAACAUAGAUGGAGCUGUCGGAAGAAGGGUUGUCCUAGUGUGGACUGUUGUCAUGUAUAUAGGGCAAGGUUUCAAGGACAUAAUCCGUUGGCCCAGACCCGGGUAUCCGGUGAAGAAGUUGCAGCAGAAGUGGGCUAUCGAGUACGGCAUGCCGUCCACCCACGCGAUGGUCGGCGUGUCCAUACCAUUCUCUGUGCUGUUGUACACCAUGGAUAGGUAUCAAUAUCCCUUGCACUGGGGCGUGGUUAUAGCGGUGUCCUGGUGCACGCUUAUAUGCGUUAGCCGGGUGUAUCUGGGAAUGCAUAGUGUCCUGGACAUCACGGCCGGUCUGCUGUUGUCAUCAGCCCUGAUGGUAUUGCUGAUCCCACUGGUGGACUGGCUGGACGGCAUCCUGCUCACCGCACGAUACUCUCCCAUAUUCAUUUUAGCGAUCUCCAUCCUCGUCGUGGUGUACCAUCCGCACGCCGAUAAAUGGACUCCAACCAGAGGCGACACCACAAUGAUAGUGAGUGUGUGCGCCGGCAUCCUGACCGGGUCGUGGACCAACUACCAGCUGGGGAACAUGGUCGCGAGCUCCGCCGAUCCCCCGUACGAGAUCAUCUGGCCCUCCAUUGAGAUGCUGGGCUGCACGAUCCUGAGAACCAUCCUGGGUUUCUGCGGUGUGCUCGCCACGAGGGCGAUCGCGAAGUCCGUGUCGUACGCGUUCGUUUGCGCACUGCUGGGCAAGGACAAGAACGAGCUGCGCAACUCCGAGGACAGCCUGGACAACAAGAACAAGAUAAUCGUGGAGCUCUGCUACAAGUAUUUCACUUGCGGCUUGAUCGGCUUCAACACCACCUACGUCUUCCCCAACGUGUUCCAUCUGCUGCAAAUAAACAGGCCCACCUAUUACACCGAAGUUUAG